GCGCUGCGGCGGCGGCGGCGGCUGCCGGGUUUAUAGUGGGCCGGGCAGUUGGGUCGUCGGCUGAGGCUGGUGACCAUGGAGUGGGGCUCUGAGUCGGUGGCUGUGAGGCGGCACCGCGUCGGAAGCGAGCGCCGGGAAGGACCGGCGGGCCGGGCGCGGCCUUGGGGUGCGAGCUGCGCGGGGCGGGGUGCCUGGCGCCCCGCGGAGCUGCAGGGGCAGGUUGGCGUGGCCGGGUGGAUGGAGCUGCUUGUUCACCUUUAUUCUACUCUGCCGGCGAGGCUUUCGUCACGAGCCCCUCCCCCAGCAGGUUCCAGUUGGUUCCCUGGAGAUUAUCUUGAACAUAUAACAGCCUUUGGCCCCAGGACUACAGGAAGUCCAGAAAAUGAAAUUCUGACGGUGCAGUACCUUUUGGAACAGAUUAAACUCAUUGAAGUUCAAAGCAGCAGCCUUCACAAGAUUUCAGUAGAUGUACAGCGGCCCACAGGCUCCUUUAGCAUUGACUUCUUGGGAGGUUUUACAAGCUACUAUGACAAUAUCACCAACGUUGUGGUAAAGCUGGAACCCAGAGAUGGAGCCCAGCAUGCUGUCCUGGCUAACUGCCAUUUUGACUCAGUUCCAAGUUCACCAGGUGCCAGUGAUGAUGCAGUUAGUUGUUCAGUGAUGCUGGAAGUCCUCCGAGUCUUGUCAACAUCUUCAGAAGCUUUACAGCAUGCUGUGGUAUUUCUCUUCAAUGGUGCUGAGGAAAAUGUCUUGCAAGCCAGUCAUGGCUUCAUUACUCAGCAUCCAUGGGCCAGUUUGAUUCGUGCAUUUAUUAACCUGGAGGCAGCAGGUGUAGGAGGGAAAGAACUUGUGUUCCAAACAGGUCCUGAAAAUCCUUGGUUGAUUCAAGCUUAUGUUUCAGCAGCUAAACAUCCUUUUGCUUCUGUGGUAGCUCAGGAGGUUUUUCAGAGUGGAGUCAUUCCUUCAGAAACUGACUUCCGUAUCUACAGAGAUUUUGGUAGCAUUCCAGGAAUAGACUUAGCUUUCAUUGAGAAUGGAUACAUUUAUCACACCAAGUAUGACACAGCAGACAGAAUUUCAACAGAUUCCAUUCAGAGAGCAGGUGACAACAUCUUAGCAGUGCUGAAAUAUUUAGCUACGUCUGAUAUGCUGGCUUUCUCUUCUGAGUAUCGACACGGAAAGAUGGUCUUCUUUGAUGUGCUUGGCCUGUUUGUCAUUGCCUACCCUAGUCGUGUUGGCUCAAUAAUAAACUACAUGGUAGUGAUGGCUGUUGUUUUGUACCUAGGUAAAAAACUGUUGCAGCCCAAACAUAAGACUGUUAACUACACAAAAGACUUCUUGUGUGGACUUGGCAUAACUUUCAUUAGCUGGUUCACCAGCCUUGUUACGGUUCUCAUCAUAGCAGUGUUCGUCUCUCUUAUUGGACAGUCUCUUUCUUGGUACAACCACUUCUAUGUCUCCAUUUGUCUGUAUGGAACAGCAGCUGCAGCCAAAAUAAUAUUCAUACACACCCUUGCAAAAAGAUUCUAUUUUGUGAAUGCGAGUGACCAGUACCUGGGAGAAGUAUUUUUUGACAUCUCACUGUUUGUGCAUUGUAGUUUUCUUGUCAUGUUCACUUACCAAGGACUUUGCUCAGCAUUCAUUAAUGCCAUCUGGGUAGCAUUUCCUUUGCUCACAAAGCUCUGCGUCCACAAGGAGCUUAAGCAGCAUGGUGCCCAAGGAAAAUUUAUUGUCCUUUAUCUUUUGGGGAUGUUUAUUCCUUAUAUUUAUGGACUGUACCUCAUCUGGGCAGUAUUUGAGAUGUUUACCCCUAUCCUUGGGAGAAGUGGUUCAGAAAUUCCACCUGAUGUUGCGCUGGCAGUCAUUUUGGCUGGUUGUACGAUGAUUCUCUCUUCUUAUUUUGUGAACUUCAUCUAUCUUGCCAGAAGCACAAAGAAAACCAUGCUGACUCUAACUGUGGUAUGUGCAGUUACAUUUCUCCUGGUUUGCAGUGGAACCUUUUUCCCAUACAGCUCCAAUCCUGCUAAUCCAAAGCCAAAGAGAAUGAUUCUUCAGCAUAUGACCAGAACAUUUCAUGACUUAGAAGGAAACAUAGUUAAAAGGGACUCUGGAAUAUGGAUCAAUGGGUUUGAUUAUACUGGAAUGUCUCAUAUAACACCUCACAUUCCUGAGAUCAAUGAUACCAUUCGAGCUCACUGUGAGGAGAAUGCACCCCUUUGUGGGUUCCCAUGGUAUCUUCCAGUGCACUUUCUGAUCAGGAAAAACUGGUAUCUUCCUGCUCCAGAUGUUUCUCCAAGAAAUCCUGCUCAUUUCAGACUUAUAUCCAAAGAACAGACACCUUGGGAUUCUCUAAAGCUGACCUUUGAAGCAACGGGACCAAGUCAUAUGUCAUUCUACGUUCGAGCCCACAAAGGAGCGACACUUUCUCAGUGGUCUCUUGGCAAUGGCACCCCAGUCGCAUGUAAAGAGGGUGACUAUUUUGUAUUUUAUUCCCAUGGCCUCCAGGCCUCUGUGUGGCAGUUCUGGAUAGAAGUGCAGGUCUCAGGAGAACAGCCUGAAGGAGGAAUGGUCACUGUGGCUGUUGCUGCCCACUAUCAUUCCGGAGAAGACAACAGAUCCUCCCACCUGGACGCUCUGAAAGAGAAGUUCCCAGAUUGGGUAUUUCCCUUUGCCUGGGUGUGCACCUACAGUCUCUUCGUGUUUUAAUCUCGUGGAUGAACUCUUAAGUACAUGUCCAGUGGAUACUCCAUGUGAUAGUUUCAUCCCAUGUUACAUGGAUAUUUGUCGUGUAAGUCAAUGAAUUGUAAUGAGCUUAUGUUCAGAGCUUUCUAGGUUAAGGCUCUUUAGGGUCAAGCACUCUGUGGGCUAAACUGUCGAACAGUGAGGCAUGGCCUUUUUGACACUUGAAUACGCCACGUUUUUGGCACUUAAGCACAUGUGGGUGCUGCCACUACACGCCAUGGUAUGUCGUUUUGUAUGACCUCAAGGAUAAAAGCAAUAGACCACUUCAGUAGCUGACCCUCUAAAAUCAAGAAAGGUAUAGAUAGUGAUGGCAGACCUUCUAGAGCUUUCAAUGACAACAGCCAGCCAGCGGUGCACACGUGCCAUACGUAGGUUCACCAGGAUUGAUGUAAACUGUCAGACCACUAUUGAGGCAAACAGUUUCUAACUAAAGCUCAAGAUCAUUUGUUGUGUCAGUGGAUGGUGGGUAAAGAAUAUUUGCUAGGUAGGACUCCCAUUCAGAGACAACUUUGAGUUCACUGGAAAGUGAUUGUUCUGUGGACUAUAGAAGCAGUGCUGGACCUCUGAGGCCCUUCCAGCUAUACUUGCUCAGGCAGCCUCUAGAGCAGUGGUGUCAAACCUAUGGCACGUGUCGCAGCUGGCUAUUUACUGAAAGUUCUAAAAGGUUUGCCGACGCUGUUAGAGAGUAUGCUUUGUGUCUGUGUCCCAAAACUUGGACCCCCGAUGUACAACCAGGUCCUGAGCUUAGUGACUGAGUUUAUCACUGAGACAUUGCUGUGCUGCUGCUCUCCUGAGGUUUUCCUCUGAAAAGCACUUGUUCUCUUUUCUCUACCUUGCCAAUUUGAGAAAGGGAACAUGUGUUCAGCUACAUUUCCCUCUGAGUUUUCACAGGUUCUUUUGGUUCAGCAAAUUGUGCAUGACUUGAAGUUCCUUUCCCAGAGCAGAUUCUGGGGUGGGAAAAGAAGGUGAGGGUAAUGGGGAUGGAAAGCUAUUGCAAUUUAGGUAUUUUUCCUUUUUGUUUCAUAGGAGUCUUCUGUUAUACAAGGUUGAUCCUUUAGGGCAUACUUUUAUUGAUGCACCUGGUCCCUCUUUUUUUUUCUAGCCAGUUGUUUUUGAUAACUUAUUGUCCAGUGGGACUAGCCUUCCUGAGACUUGAGGUUGUGGCCUGUAAGGGAAUUAGACCAUUGUACCUAUAGCUGUUAGUGUCCAUAUCCUGUAUAAUGGCAGCAUUAGGAUUUAAAAGGUGCUUUUUCAUCAUUUUUAAUAUGGGGGCAGAGCUUGUUAUCAUAGUUGCACCUCUUGUAGCUUUUAGGAUUCAGCAGUGAUAGGGUUUGGUGAGAUUAGUGGUAAACCAGGCUACAGUUUUUACCAUGAUGAAAUGUAAAAAGUUUGAUAAUUUUUGAGCUUGUAUUUGUUAAACAGUAAGAAUGGGCCCUAGUUUUUCUUUUCCUUUUUUUUUUUUUUUUUUUUUAAGUAGACUUCUCAGGCAGUAUGGAAAAAGAGGAAUGCUUCUUGAAAGAGGCCCUCAGAUCUGUUUGAUUCCACAGCUUAGUAAUUGUGCAUCAAAGGAGAAAACUUUCCCAAAACUGCUUAUGUGACUUACAUGGUAUAUUUUAACUGCUCCUCAACUAACUGGGCCUAUGCAAACAGCAAGGCUGCAGCCAAAGCUGAGUGUAACCUUAUGUAUUCUGGCUGUCACCUCCCAGAACUGACACUUCACAGUGGAGUCUUUGUUUUCUUGGACUUUGUAGAAACGGUAUUUUAUCCCUCUCAUGUACUUCAAGUUUCUGGCUACAUAAUGUCAGUAUUGUAACAGAUACACUUAGCAGGGUUUAUAGUUCAUCAGAAUCAGAGUUGUGGAAAGUAAGAGUAACGGUGCCUCAAUGCAUUUCAUAAUACACGCUUAUGUACUGUCCCUGUGAUUAAUCUAAAAGAGACUGUUAGACACAGAAAAAGCAAAGCACCAUGCUGGCAAACUGUAUGAAAAACAAGGUGCUCCUUUUGAUAGCUUUCCUUUGGGAAGAAAGACAUUUCAGUAAUAAUCAUGGUUUUCCUUUUUGCCUUUGAAUAUUUCCCCAUGCAAACAAUUCUGUUGAUUAGCAUUAUGAAGCUUUGAUAUUUUGCAAAAUCAGUAACAAGAUGCUCACUUAGUCUUAUGGCACUUAAGAUCCGGGAAGAUUGUUUUAAUGCUAGAAAUGGUCAAGUAACUACAUGCAGUAUUUAUGGCUUUGUAAUAAGCAUGCAAUCUGUCACAGCAGUCUUGAGAUUAAGCCUGUUAGGUCUACCCUUUUAAUCACUUACCCCAAUUAUGUACUGUUUUUUUUCCCCUUUUCUUUUUUGGUACCAGGAAUUAAACUGAGGACCUCGCACUUGCCAGGCAGGCACUCAGCCACUGAACUAUAUCCCUGGCCCUCAGUCCAGUUACUUAAAUAUAACAUGACCAAAAAGUACUUAUUUUUAUUUUGUUAAUUUUUAUAAUACAAUGGGGGAAGUAUGAAAAUGACAAUUUUAUCAAAUUUAUUCAAUAUGAGAAUUGACUGAUUGGAAUAAUACCUGUCCAAGCAAUACUUGGCAUAUUCAGUACAUAAACACGCAGCUCAAGUGACACUUGAGGCAAACUGUUAAGUGGUUAUGAUUAUCUGACCACAUGAAUAACUUAUUUCUCAGUCAUUUCAAGGUCUAACAAAUACAUUUAAAUUUUGUGGAAAAUAAUGUAAGUAGCACAGUACCACAAAUUCAGGGAAAAGUAUGAAGAACUGUCAUUUCAAAGGAAUUCUUAUGUUUCAUAUAAGAGUGACUGCUGCAUGGACUGUUUCCAUAGUUCAGCAGAUAUAAUUAAACAUAGGGGGAUUCACUAAGAUACUACGAAGCAAGGGGCUACUUCAGACUGCUGACUAAGGAAGUGUGAAUGUAUCUUUCAGUAGUUUGCUGACUUACUGAGGAUUAAUUGUUGCCUUAUAAUGUUACUGAAAUAAACUUAACAUACUGGUUGUUAUCUGUUAAACAGAGAAACAUCUUUAACUGCUUACGUUUCAUCCCCCUAUUUCAAGUCUACACAGCCUUUUUAGUUGCUGUUAAAAGAUACAGAUGGCUCAUGUGGGUAUAACUGUUAUUUUAAUAAGUGAUAUGAACCAAAAACUCAACAUGGAAAUGUUUGUUUCCAUCAGCUGGAUACAUCUCAAUUUCACAGAAAUUAAAAUGACUUCCUUGGUAAAUGGUGAACUUCAUCAUAUGAAUCAUCUCCCUUGGCAGAUGAUAUCACCAAUGGACUGAUUAAGAACGAUGCUUCUUUAGGGGCAGAAGGAAGAAAUUACUUUUCAGCCAGAGUGACCCCCUACUUAUUCUGAUUUUCCCCCAAGGGAAGGGCAGAAACAAAGCAUGUACUUUGGAUCCAAAGGUAUUUUAAGUUUUUUAGUUUUCUGAAUGAAUUCCCUCAGAACAGCUCAACACAAAGUGAAACAAAUAAGAAAUAUGCAUUCCUAAUAUACCUCCACUUCUUUUAGAUCCAGUAAAGCCAAGAUACAAUAUGCCUUGUUAUAUUUGUUUUUACUUACUUGAAAUAGAGAAUUUUGGGACACACUGUGUCAAAAACAUAUUGAUUAUUAAACCGUUAACUUGUUGACAAUUUCUUUUAUCCAGUUUGGCCCUACAGCACAAACAAUCAGGGCUCACCCUAGGAAUGCAAGGUUGGUUCAACACUGGAAAACUGAUCAGUGUGACACACCCACAUUUGUAGAAUUAAGAACAGAAACUAGAUGAUCGCUUCAAUACAUCUAAACCUUUCCAUGAUAAAUAAAAAUCUUCAACAAAAUUAGAACUUAACUUGGUUAAGGUCAUCUGUGAACAUCAGAUACAAACAGAAAAGACAAAAGACAAGAUGAUCUAUCAUGCCAGUUCUAUUUCCUGGUGGCACUAGCCAGUUUCACAAAAGCAAGAAAGAAAAGGCAUCCAGAUUGGAAAGAAAAAGCUAAAACCAUCUCUAGUUGCAAACAACAUGACCAUCUACAUAGAAAAUCUUGAGGAGGUCAAAUAGUACACAUGAAACCUUAUUGUUAGCUUCAGUGGUGUUCAUGACCCAAUGUAAAUAUACAGAAGUCAAUUGUAUUUCUAUACACAAUCCAAAAAUUAAAGAAUUCCAUAAACACAUGGAUACUUGUAAUUAAGCCCAACAAUAUACCCAUAUAUUUACAGUUUUUGAUAAUGAAAAUAGUCUCAGGUAAUUGAAUAUCCGUAUGUAAAUGCUGUCAGACCACUACUUCAUACCAUGUAAGUAACUCAAAGUAGAUCAGAAAUCUAACUAGAACUUGGGAUUAGGCAAUGUUUCCCCUAGCUAUGACACCAAAAACAAAGGCAACCAAUGAAGAAAAAAUUCAUCAGGAACAAGGCAAGUUUGUCAACUCUCAAAACUCAUUCAGUAUAGUUCCUGAAACUUUAGUUGGAACAGUUAGGCAAGAGAAAAAUGAAGAAGUCAAAUUAUCUCUGCAGAUAAUAUGGUUCUGUAUGUAGAAGAUUCCAGAGACUACCAACGACUUUUAGAGCUGAUAAAUGAAUUCAGUGUAGCAGAAUAUAAAAUCAACUUUAGAAGUCCAAAUCCUUAGCAUAUACCAGGAAAGGACUAGUCUUUAAUACACACCAAAAAUGGACUAGCAGAGAAGGAAACUAGAAAAACAAUUCUCUUCAUAAAAGCUUCAAAUAAGACACCUAGGGAUGAACCUAACAAAACAGAUGGACAGUCUUGACAAUGAAAAUUGCGCAACACUGAAGAAAGUGUUCUCAAUCCCCUCAUGCUCAUGCAUUGGCAGAAUUAAUACAGUCAAAAUAGUCAUUACCAAAAGCAACCUACAGCUUCAGUGCAAUCUCAUUCAAGAAACUAAUGACAUUCUUCACAGAAUUAGGAAAAGUAAUCCUAAAACUCAUAUGGAAACAUGACCAACAAAUAGCCAAAGCACUUCUAAGCAAAAAGAGCAAGGCUAGAGGCAUCACAAUAUCCCUUUUAAAAUUAUACUACAAAACUACAGUAACAAAAACAGCAUGGUACUGGCAUGAAAAUGGACAUGUAGAGAAGUGGAACAGAAUUAGAGGAUGUAGGAACAAAAUGUAUGUUGGAGAAAAAGACAGCCUCUUUAAACAAACAGUGUUGGGAAAACUGGACGUCACUUGUAGAAGACAAACUGAUCAUCUCACUCUGUUACAAAAAUAAGAAAUUGAUCAAAAACCUCUGAAACCUUCAAACUACUAACAGAAAACCCAAGGGAAAUACUGGAAGCCAUAGGAACAAGCAAAGACUUCCUGAAUGGGACUACCAGUAGCACAGGAGAUAAUAGAAAGAAUCAACAAGUGGGAUUACAUCAAAUUUAGGUUUCUGCCCAGCAAGGAAAAUGAAAAACAUCCUGCAGAAUGGGAGAAAAUUUUUAUUAUGAGGAUUAAUAUCUAGAAUGUACAACAAACUUGAAAAACUUAAAGUACACAUGACCAGUAAGUACAUAAAAAAAGUUCAACAUCCUUAGCCAUUUGGUAAAAUCAAAUUGAAACUGAGAAUCCAUCUAACCGCACUCAAAAUGGCAAAUAAGUACAGUGGACCCCCGAAAUGCACAGGGCUUACAUUCCUAGAGCAUCCACAAAUUGUAUAAAACACAGAUUUCAGUUAUGGUCAGAAAAAUGACUAAAUACCAAUGUUUAUGGCUUAAAACCUCAGUAUGCUAUGUCUUCUGAAGUUAUGUAAUUUCAUACAAUACUGUAUUAAUAAAGCCUUGGAACGUGCA